CUUCAGGAGCCCUUAAUCAUCAAGAACUCGACAAAGCAAGCUAAAUUAGUUGAUGGAUCGCGUAGCGAAAAUUGUGUCUCAGAAGGCUGUGGUGAUAUUCAGCAAGAGUUCAUGCUGCAUGUGCCAUGCCAUCAAGAGACUAUUUUACGAGCAAGGUGUUAGCCCGUUGGUGCAUGAGAUUGAUGAGGAUUCAAGAGGGAAGGACAUCGAGUGGGCUCUGACGAAGUUAGGCUGCAGCCCUGCCGUCCCAGCAGUGUUCAUCGGUGGGAAGCUUGUGGGCUCUGCCAACACCGUCAUGACUCUCCAGCUCAACGGCUCUCUCAAGAAGAUGCUCAAAGAUGCCGGAGCAUUAUGGCUUUAGUAGAACUCAAAGUUACAUAGGAAUCAUAAAGACUUUAACUGAAUGUAAAGCCAAAUGAUCAAUUGUACUGAUUUUUCUUGGACAGGCUCGGUUUGUUCAGACAUAGUGUAUGGAGGAUAUGAAUGGAGUCUUUUCUUGUACUUGUA